AUGAUUGCUUUUCUGCUCUUCUGUGCGGCUCUGGUCGCCGCGGAUCUCCCCGUUCCCAACCUAGGACCGCAGCUCAGCGAAGACAUCGGCUUUAAAGAAACCCUAUUCAACGAGUGUAAUGCAUUUAUCCAGACCUGCGCUCCGACUAUCUCUUCCUGCGCGUCUGUGAUUUGUAAAGAAUGCACCGGCCUUGGACAAAAAGCUCUUAAUGCCUGCUGUGCGACAGAGAGCGAGCCGGCGUCCUGUCUUGGGCCUGCCCUGGCUAUACCUAACCAAGCUGAUGCCUCCACAACUAUGUCGGAUUCUUGUGCUACGGCAUCAUCGCAAGCCGCCAGUAGUGCGACCCAAACUCAGGCAUCUGCGUCGACCGAGGCGUCUUCCGGGCAAGCAGCGGAGUCGUCUAAGAACGUGGGGCAGAUAAAUUCACACGCCGGUCCAAGUCUCGCUGGGUUCAUGAUGGCGUGGGUAUUGUACGUCUUCUAA